UGCUACACGCACGGCGGGACUCAGGUGUCUGCAGCCGCCGCGCAGGUCUACUGGUUGUCAACAACAAACUUGACACUUGGCUCAGGCAUCACUGUUUUACAAUGUAAAUCUUGCCCGCGAUGGUCUUUAUCAGUGCAGGCGUUAAUGCUGUAAGAAGAGGAUGAAUGUGAUGCGCAAAUGGUGGGGUUCGGGCUCCCGGGUGGGGGGGGUGUUGGAAGGCCUGGAUCCCGCCAACCCCCCAGCGGCCCAGCAGCACCUCGCUCUGGGCCUCAUGCACCUCAAGAAGCUGUUCAGUGAGUACUCCAUACCACCACACCCGCUUUCAGAGGCAGAGAAGGAGGACAAGCUGUACAACAUGCUGCCACUCUUCUGCAAGGUUUUUGGUGCCAGCCCAGCAUCUGACCUACAAGAAAAAUUUAGUGAAGUGAUCAUGUUUACGCAGCAUGUAAGUAAGCUAAUCGUGACAGAGAUCAAGCGUCGGGCCUCCAACCAGUCCACUGAGGCAGCAUCAUGUGCCAUUGUUAGGUUUCUGGAGAUUGACAGUUGUGAAGAAAGUAGCAAUGGUUGGAUGCUUCUUUCAACCCUCAACCUGUUAGCAGCAGGACCUCCACAACUCAUAGAGGUAAUGACAGCUGCCUCUCUUCCUUCAACAUUAGUCAAGUGUCUGUAUCUAUUUUUUGAUUUGCCUGAAUAUGAGAGUCCCUCAGCAGAUGCCACUACUCUUCAGACUGACAAGGAAGCUGCAGAAUUUUCUGCAGGUGAAAGAAGAAUUUUUCUUCAGAAAGUUUUUGUUCAGGUACUGGUGAAGCUGUGCUCUCACACUGCUCCAGCAGAGGAACUUGCUAGGAAGGAUGAUCUAACACUGCUGUUCUCUGCCAUUACUUCAUGGUGUCCACAACAUAAUGCACUCUGGAGGAAAAGUGCAGCUGAAGUAUUGAUGACCCUCUCCAGACAUGGUCUUUCCCAGCCUGUAGUCAGCUAUAUUCAUAAUAAGGGCUGUGUGGCACUUUGUGUGGAGAACAUGGAAAGGGGUCAGGAUCUCUCCCCUCUAGAAAUUGUGGAGAUGUUUGUAACAGUGUUCUGCUUCUUGAAGGAUUCUUCUGAAGUUUCCCAAACUCUUUUGGAUGACUUCAGAUCAUCACAGGGCUAUGCCUUUCUUACUGAAUUUCUCCUGAGAUUGGAAGCAGACAAAUCAGAUGAAAGCCGAGAAGCGCUCAGAAACUUAGUACUGCUUGUGUCCUCACUCUCCUACUGUGGCUACUUGGAACUGAAACCAUCAUCUGCCUCAGUGGGUUCCCUCUUCCACAUCCCUGGCUUCUCCCUCCCCAUCCCUUCUGGCAGAGGAGCUAGUGUAAGAAAUGUACAGGCAUUCAGUGUACUGCAGUUAGUGUUCCUGCGAGGCACCACAAGCAACCUGUGCUCCGUUAUCCUGGAUGCCAUCUCAGCUGUGUAUCAGUCUGAUGUGGCCAAUUACUUCAUUCUUGAGUCCCAGCACACACUGUCAAACUUUGCUGAGAAGAUUCAUAGCAAACCUAAAGAAAUUCAGGAGAAGUACUUUCAACUGUUGGAGUUUGUGGUGUUCCAGCUAAAAUUUGUACCAUGCAAGGAACUCAUCACUCUGUCAAUUCUGCUGAAGGCACACCACAGCCUGUCAUGCUCCAUUAUUUGCAUCAACACACUUCUAACCAUUCUGAAAUAUAACUCAGUAUUCAAGGAUGUAUUCAGAGAGGUGGGUCUGCUGGAGGUGUUAGUCACUUGCCUAAGCAGGUAUCAUGAACUGCUCAAGUCUAAACCGCAACAAGUUGCUGCAAGUGAAGUCAAAGAAGGUAGUGAGGAACAGCUGGGCUUCCUGGUGGUUGAGGCCCUCACCUACCUCCUCUCAGGCAAUAGCCAAAAUGCUGCUGUUUUUAGAGAAUCUGGAGGCGCCAAGUGUGCUGUUGCUCUUGUCCCUUUCCUGGAGUGUCGUUCACAGGCUCUCGGAGUGAUGCAACAGCUUGUGUUGGCAAGUGGGAGUGAUGAUGACAUGGGCUCUCUGCUUGGUCUGCUUCACUCUGCACCCCCCACAGAGCUGCAACUCAAGAUCGAUAUUCUCAAGUCUCUGCUUGUUUGUCUGAAAGAGUCUCACCGGACAAGGACAGUGUUUCGCAAGGUGGGUGGGUUCCUGUAUGUGAUGAGUGCCCUGGUGGGCCUGGAAGGCAGUCUGGGGGAUGUGGUGCCUCCAGCCUGGACCUCGGUGCCCAGUCGCCUUAUCCUCACUCUCCUGCUCAAUGUUUUCAACACAUUCACCACAGCCAUGCGUUAUGAACCUGCUAAUGCCAAGUUCUUCCAUCAAGAAAUCUGCUACACAAGUUUCUGUGAUACUCUGCGGCUGCUUGGCUGCUUUCAGGACGAAACUCAGUUGCAAGAACCUGGAGAGGGGGUAUUAUUGUCACCCUCUAGCACAGGAUUGCCAGGGGAAAGAAAGUUCCCUUCCAAUUCUCUCUCUGAUGGUAUAGAUCUGAACACUUUUCACACCAUAUUCACCACACCCAUUUUAGAAUACAUGCCCCCAGUGGAGAUACCUCUGUCACUAGUGCGGGUGGUGCAGAUCUUACAGCUGAUGUACCACAUGGCCUUGGAUGCUUUUGAUAAGGCCUCACCUCCAACCUUCAGUCCUCCAGAUGUUGGCAUCACAGGGAAGGAUAACAAAGUAAUGGAUAUUUCUCCAAGCAACAAGCGUCCAGUGGGUGGCCUGAAUCUUGGGCCAGCACCAACUGAGCCAGUCAUUGUACAUGCUGGGGUUAUCACCAGCAUGCUGCACCUGCUGCCAUCCAUCCAGCAUACCACACACCCAAGGCUUGCCUGCCUCCUCCAACUCUACACUGGCCAUCUCAUCAAGUCACUGGUGAGAACAGAGCAUAACCAGCAACUGAUGUGUGAGGUGGGUCUAGCUGGUGACCUUCUCUCCAAGUGCUCUCAGGCCCUUGUGAAUGAGAAGCAUCCCCUCCACCCCCCACUUCAGUACAUCUUUGAAAGACUUGCUGCCCAAGCAAUCCACCCCAAGGAUCUCAGAAUAUUCCUGAGACUUGGUAACCCACUGAAUUGCCUGAGCCUGGAUGAAGUGGACACAGCCAGUGGCCAGUCCACCUACAAUGGGCCGGUGCCUCUCACUCGCAUCAAAACACUUGUGUCCAUGACUACUCCCAGAGACUUUAGGGUUGGCACUCUUGUGUAUCCAUCCUUUGUGGAGUUUGACAUGAGUGCGGAGGGGUUUGGGUGCCUCUUCCUGCCUUCCAUUGCUCCUCAGAGUGCUGGGGGAGGGUCGGUGGUGGGUUCUGCUCUGUCCUCUACUGAACCCAAUGUGAUCGGAGGCAUUGGGACUGGAGAUCGAAUCUUUCCACCUCAAACUGGACUGACAUUCAGCACAUGGGUGUGUGUGGAAAAGUACAGUGACCCGAGAACAGAUCCCCACUGUGUGCGCCUCCUAACGCUGGUGCGCCACGUGCCAGGGCGUGACCACCACCUGGUGUGCUUGGCGGUUGUCAUCUCAGCACGAGACAAGGCGCUCAUUGUUUCUACUCAUGAAACUGAUUUUCCCCAGCCUGGUCAAGGGGUAAAAGACUGGGAGCCUGAGGUGGUUGGAGACUUUGGUUGCCGUACAUGGUGUCCGGUUCUUCUAACUGAGGGCCAGUGGCACCACCUCACCAUUUCUCUCAGCCGAUCUGUGCUUAAGAAUUCCUCUCUCAGCAUAUAUAUUGAUGGUCAAGUGGUCACCCAGAAGAAACUACACUACAUUCUUCAGAACCCUGGAGGUGGAGCAGCCAACCUCACAAUUGCCUCAUCUGUGUAUGCCUACAUUGGCACUCCCCCAGCCUACAGGAGGCACUCCAGGCUGGUGUGGAAGCAGGGCUGCUGCCAUCUGCUUGAAGAAGUUUUGCAACCACAGGUGGUGAACCAGUUGUUCCAGCUUGGGCCCCAUUACACUGGCAGUCUGCAGGCAGCAGCACAGUUUCCUGGUGCAGAUGGUGUGAAUCAACAAACUGUUGCAGUUGUACCUGAAGAAAAGGUUAUAUUUGGUAUGAAUGCCACAGCUAUAUCUCACCUCACCCUAAACAAGAUCAGAAAAAUGUAUUCCAAAGUAGACAACAAGGCAGUAGCAAAGCAGCUUGGUAUGUCCUCCCAUGAGAAUGCCACCCCCAUCCGUGUGCUGCAUAACUCGGCCGGCCACCUGAGCGGUCCAUCACGGUCCCUUGGUGGUGUAGUGAUUGGCUACCUUGGAGUGCGAGUGUUCUGUCCCCGUCCAGUAGCUGUCAUGUUGGACACUGUUGGAGGCUGUUCAGUCUUGUUGGGUUUGGUUGCUAUGUCAAAAGAUGUGGAGUCUCUGUAUGCUUCAGUCAAGGCACUUUCAUGUGUAAUCAAGACCAGUAAGACAGCACAACUUGAAAUGAAUCAAAGCCUUGGAUAUCUAGCUCUUGCUCUACUAUUACGAAAGAAAAAGUCUCUUCUCAACUCUCACAUCCUACAUCUAUGUAUGAGCUUGGCUGGCUCAGGAGAGGCUCGAGAGUCCACUGCCAUACCCAAUACUCCAGCCUUCAAUGACCUUUUGUGUGACUUAGAGGUAUGGUGUGAUGCCCCUGGAGAGCUGUGCCGCACCUUAAUGGAGCACCUUCUGGAGCUUGCCCGGGAGUCUGGGGAAAGACACAACAAUGUGCGGAAGAUGAGGUUUUUAAAUCUGGUGCAGCGUUUGCUUCACCUGUUGUGGGAACAGUCUCAGGGAAAGGAAAUCACUUCCACCUCUCCAUCCAACAAUUCUUCGUCUACUUCCAAUGCAUCUUCUUCUUAUAGUGGCAAUAACAACCACAAUAAUCCAGCCACAAAUAUUGCCCUUGCAAGCACCAACAAUGUUCCUACCCUCUCCUCCCAGACUACAGCAGUGAUCUUUACUCUGCUCACCACCCUGCUGGCCAACAACCCUCGUCCUCAGGACCUCCUCUGCUUUGGUCAGUUCAUUGUGUCAACGCUCCCUAUUGUUAGUAUCUCAGAAAAACACAUUGAACUCAAGGAGCUUGGUGAAGACAUCAGUGACACCUCCAGUCUGUCAGUGAGGAAUGUUCUCCUUAGAAAUAAGUGUCUGGAGAUUAUCCAUACUCUCCUUUAUAAUUCCAACAAGAACACAAUUCACCUUGGGUUCUGUGAGGAGGUUGUGAAGGUGUUGGGGCUGGACUGGGUGCUGCUGUUUGCUCAGGGUCACCUGCACCCAACAACCGUGCUAAUUGCCUUAAGGAUGUUAGUGGCACUGCUGUCCAACGCUACUAUCCUACAGAAGUUUCGAGAUGCUACACACAAUGGUGGCUGGAUGACAGAUGCCCAGCAGGUUACCAGUAACAAGUUUGGUCAAGUGUUGGUUCUCUCCGCAGGCUACUCGGUGGGUUCAGUGGUGCGCUCACUAAGUGAGAUCCGUGAGGAGGCGUGGCAUGUGCCAGGCUUCCAGGUGUUGACAUGGUUGGUGCCACACCACAUCCACAUUCCACAAGUGUACUUCCUUUUGCUAGCGCUUCUGUUGGGCCAACCUGUGAAGAAUGUACAGAACAACACCAAGCUGGACCUUGAUUCUAUUUGGACCUUUGUAUUUGGGGUACCUGCCAGCCAGUGUGCCACCACCAUCUCUGGCCGUGUGUCCCUGUGUCCUGAGGCAGCCAUUGCCAUCCUGACCAUGGUUCGUGCAAUGCUCAACCAGGAGGAUAAAGGAAAGUACUGCAGACCAUGCAAACGGUCCUUAUCCAUAAAGGAACUCCCAGACUGGUUGCAAAGCUAUCCAAUAACACUCAUCCAGUUUCUUCGGUUCUUAUACCAACAAAAUGGUGACUUCCUCCCAGUAUUUCUCUCUGGAGAUGUGCUGGCAGCCCUUGCAUCCACUCUCUUUCCCUAUGCCACCUCCUCAGAACCUCAGAGUCUCACCUCUCCAGACGAUGAGAAGCUUGUGGGGGGUGAUGUGGUAAUGGUACAUGGAGAAAAUGAUGGAGCACUCACCAACCAUCCAGCCAAGCAGCAGGUGGUGGACUUCCUGAAGAAUUUGGUAGUGGACUCCCUGUCUUUGCCACCAGCAAGCAAGACUCCACACACCAUUGACCUGCUGCUGGAGGCCACUCCAGAAAACAGCAGUGAAGUGCAAGUGUGUGAGUUCCAGACACAACUUUUGGGCACACUGAUGGAACAUUUGUUGGAUGCAGACAUUCUCAUAGGGGAGGGAGCAGCCUUACCUGUGGUAGCAGGUGGCUCCAUCCAACACAUUGCUCCUAAUGUGUUCUAUCUGGCUGCCAGAAUUGUAGACAAGCUAUGGGCUGGUGUAUUCAACAAGGACCCUCAUGAAGUCUUUGAUUUCAUUAUCAAGCUCAUCUCCCAGGCUAAGCGAAGAGCAUCAGGGAUCAAUCUUGAGUCAAUCUACCACUGCCUCAACCGUACCAUUCUAUACCUGUUGUCUCGACCUACCGACUCCAUUGCUGCCCAGAUGUCCAUACUGGAAGGAUUGCACAAACUUACCACCCACAGGACUGUUGUGUUUGGGGCUGGGAACCAUGAGCCAGAAUUUGUUGCCUGUCUUACUUACUGCCUUCUUCAGCUGACAGCUGAUCUCAAAAUAACGACAGACACAACCAACCGAUCUGUAUGGCACAUGAACCCAACAAUUGAGAGUGUAGGUGGAGGUGAGAGUGAGGAGAGCAGGACAGAGAGUCUCACAGGUAAGGAGGGCAGUGUGCGGGACUUUGCUGAGGCAACAGCCACUCAGAGUCAUAACCUGAUGAUUACUGCAGCCACCAGAGUCUGGGAGGAAUUGUAUAUCACCAAAAAACCAGCCAUUGAGGAGGUGUACAAAGUAUCUUUAACUGCUGGCAGCGGCAAGGCACCUGAUCUAGCCUGUGUGAGAGACUUGGUGAAUGAAGCAUCUCACCGCCUCUGGUUAGCCUUCCUAGAGGGAGAAAAGAAGCAAUACUCACGUCUGCCCUGGGAAAUCCCAACUCAGAUCCAAAGUGUUACCAAUAAGCUGCAAAAGGUGACGGGAGGCCUGACCAGGCUGGCCUCGCGUACCAAGGGGCGCCGGGAGGACAGCAUUGUGACCCGGAAAGUCGCUAUACCAAUGGCUGAUGUCCAGAUGGCUACCUUCACCCACAUCUCUAUUAUUGGUGACCUUGUUGACCUCCAGUACAGACAACACUUGCAGAAACAAAAGCACAUGACAAGCUAUGUAUGGGAAUCGUGGCAGCGUUGUGAGCGUGAGCUGACAAAGGAACGAGGAUUGUGGGGACCCAUGAAGGGUUCACAUUUGGAUAAGUGGAUCCUAGAUGCCACUGAGGGACCUUGCAGGAUGAGGAAGAAAAUGGUGCAGAAUAGACUCUUCUACAAGCAUUACCCCUACAAACCACACACUGAAAACCCAGAAUGUAGACAACUCAAGUACAAAGUAGCUUCAAGUUUUGACAGCAAGGAGUUUGCAGAAAAAGAAAGGCCUGAGGGUCUCUCUGACACUGAUAUGCGGGACAAAGAACUAGUCAUUGAAGAGGAAACCACCAACUUGGAUGCAGCAGACAGCUUUGCUGGCAGAGAAGUUGGAGAUAUAGACAUGAAGGGACUUCAGGGAGCAAUAGUGAAGACAGGUGGUCCCAAUAGCCGGCCAGCUUCUGAUAUUGAAGAUGAUAGUGACUCACUGGAUGUUGGGGAAGUGGUGGGUCAGGAUGCCACAGCUCCAACAGAUGACUCCCAGAACCCAGACAACCAGACCCUUCUCAGGCUCUUGGACUAUGGAGAGAAAAUCAGCCACAUGUUCCGAUGUGCAAGGAUACAAGGAUUGGACACCAUAGAAGGCCUCUUGCUCUUUGGCCGAGAGCACUUCUACAUUGUGGACAGCUUUACUUUGCUUAAAAGUCGAGAGAUCCGAGACAUUGCUUCCUUGCCGGAAGGUUCCCAUGAACCCAUCGUGCCAUCCACUAGUCCCCGAACCAGUCAGGAGCAGCAUGCAUGUUCCAAGUUCCAUUAUGAUGAAAUCAGAGAAGUCCAUCAAAGAAGAUACCUUUUGCAACCAAUUGCAUUGGAGAUAUUUUCAUCUGACGGAAGAAACUAUUUGCUUGCAUUGCCUCGCAAAUUGCGCAACAAAACAUAUCAGAGAUUGCUGAUGGUGUGCACUGGGCUGGCAGACAAUGCCCAGCAGUCUGUAGAGGGCCAGCGGCGGUCAGCCAGUGUGGAACAGGCCGGUGGUCUCUUCUCCUCAAUCAUCGGAGAGACUUCUGUCACACACCGAUGGGUGCGUGGUGAGAUAAGCAACUUCCAGUACCUGAUGCACCUCAACACAUUGGCAGGACGAUCAUACAAUGACCUUAUGCAGUAUCCCAUUUUCCCCUGGGUGCUGGCUGAUUAUGCCUCAGAGGAACUGGAUCUUGUCUCACCUGCAACUUUCAGGGAUCUUUCUAAACCAAUGGGGGCCCAGACUCCAGACAGGUUAGAGCAGUUUGCCAAGAGGUACCGUGAGUGGGAUGAUCCAUCAGGAGAGACUCCACCAUAUCAUUACGGAACUCAUUAUUCUUCUGCCAUGAUUGUAUCUUCCUACCUGGUGCGCAUGGAACCCUUUACGCAGCAUUUCCUUCGUCUCCAGGGCGGCCACUUUGAUUUGGCGGACCGGAUGUUCCACAGCAUGAAGGAGGCGUGGCACUCGGCCUCACGCAACAAUAUGGCUGAUGUGAAGGAGCUUAUACCAGAAUUCUUUUAUCUGCCUGAAUUUCUUGUUAACUCAAAUAGAUUUGAUCUUGGGUGUAAGCAGAGUGGGAAGCAGCUGGAUGAUGUGGUGUUGCCACCCUGGGCUAAGGGGGAUGCCAGAGAGUUUAUCCGGUUGCAUCGAAUGGCUCUUGAGUGUGACUAUGUGUCUGCACACCUCCAUGAGUGGAUUGACUUGAUCUUUGGCUACAAGCAGCUUGGCCAGCCAGCGGUGGAGGCAGUGAAUGUCUUCCAUCACUUAUUUUAUGAAGGCAAUGUGGACAUCUACAACAUUGAUGAUCCUCUAAAAAAAAAUGCAACAAUAGGAUUCAUCAACAAUUUUGGCCAGAUCCCUAAACAACUGUUCCGCAAACCCCACCCUUGCAAGAAGCUCUCUGGCCAGCGCACUUCCAUUAUUGAUGCUGGACCACUCUCUCAGGCUCCUUCCGUAACUCCUAUAGAAAAAGUCUUUUAUCAGAACCUGGAUAACCUAAGACCUUCAAUGCAUGCAAUCAAAGAAGUGAAAGGAGCAGUUGGUCAGAUCAUUGCUCAGGACAAAUUAAUAUUGGCUGUGGAGCAAAAUAAGACACUAAUUCCUCCCACUUAUCAGCGGUUUCUGGCAUGGGGCUUUGCUGACCAGAGCUUGCGGAUUGGUGGAUAUGAGAGCGAGCGAGCUGUGCUAGUGAGUGAGACGCCACAAAAUGGGGAGAUUCUUGCUGCUGUGUGUCCCAAUAACAAGACCAUCAUCACUGCAGGCACCUCUACUGUGAUCAACGUUUAUGAAAUCAUCAAAAGGCAGUUAGUUCAGAAAAAGAUCCUUUAUGGGCAUUGUGAUGGCAUCACUUGCCUGGCAGCCUGCAGUGCUUACGGCCUGUUGGUGUCUGGCUCUCGGGAUCGUUCAGCCAUUAUCUGGGACUUGGCACGUCUGGCUUAUGUCCGUCAGUUGGCUCCUCAUCAGGCACCUGUGGCUGCUCUGGCGAUCAAUGAGCAGACAGGUGACAUUGCCACAUGUGCUGGCACCUGGCUGCACGUGUGGAGCAUCAAUGGUGCGGCUGUGGCUACUGUCAAUACUGCCCUUGGUGCUCAUUCACCCCAACAACAAAUUCUGUGUGUGUCGUUCUCCACUAUGCAUGAGUGGGAUCCCAACAAUGUGAUAAUGACUGGGUCUUCAGAUGGAGUAGUCAGGAUGUGGAGUAUUGAGUAUGUUCAAGUUCCAGCCAAUGAGUCCGCACAGUCCACCGCCACCACUGCCCCAUCUGCUGCAGAGGAGGAUCAGACCACAGUCUCCAAGGAUAGCACAACAGUUAUUGCAGGUGUCUGUCAAAGUUCCAAGUCCCUGCAAUCCCCCAGUAGUCAGUCUCCUUCGCACACAAUUCAGCCAGGACAUCUGGCAAGGGCUCGAGACGUAGUGCGCCGUCUUUCCACUGUAGAAGAUUUUCCACAAGGAUUGCUGACCAAGAGUGUGAGUGAGAGCAGUUUAUCAGAGGAAGGAGAAAGUGAUUGGGAAGAAAAUGAGAAGCAUGAGCAAAAUGAAGAAGAUAUUAGCACAGUUGACUUGGAGUCAUACACUGUGAUUCCUUCUCAUCCUACAUUAAUGACCAAUCAAGAGGAGAUGGAAAAGGAGGAAGAGGAAAACAAAGCUGCUGCUGGGCAGGAGACGUUGCAUGGAAGCAAGACUGAAAAGGAAAAACGUCUGUUGCACCGGCAAGUGGCCAUGUCUGUCUCCAGUGCUAGCACACAUAGUAUGGAUUCUACCCCGACAAAGUCUUUGGAGGCUCAGGAUGACAUAGUACUCAGAAGAAGUUCCCAUUAUCCCAAGGGUGUUGCCCGUGCAAUCAGCACCAUUGAAAGAGCAGCCUCUCACACCCAUGACCAUCGCCUCCAAACAAGUAAGAGUGAGACCAGCCUGGCUGACAGUGACACCUUUGUACUGAUCUCAGACUCUGAAAUUCAAGAGGCUCAGAAUCAGCAAGCCAAAGUGCAAGAGGCCAGGAAAAAGCUCCCCAAAAAUCCCCUAAUGCCAGGGAUGAAGUGGGAGUGCCAGCUGGUAUUCCGCAGCAAAUUGACCAUGCAUACUGCCUACGACCGUCGGGACAACACUGAGCCGGCCUCUGUCACAGCGCUUGCCAUCUCAAAAGAUCAUCGAACUGUAUUGGUUGGUGAUGCGAGAGGGCGAGUGUUCUCAUGGAGUGUUCCUGAUCAGCCUGGUCGUGCCGUGGCAGACCACUGGGUGAGAGACGACGGCAGUGAUGCAUGUGCCAACUGCCAGGUCAAGUUUAGCAUUUAUGAGAGGCGGCACCACUGCAGGAACUGUGGCCAUUUAUUCUGUUCUAAAUGUAGCAGAUUUGAGUCAGAAAUAUCACGCCUAAGGAUUCUGAAGCCAGUGAGAGUGUGUCAGAAGUGUUACACCACCCUGAGAUACGAUAAGUAAAUCCCUCUAGGCCGUACUGCUUCUAAGGAAGUAUUAACAGGCAGGAUCAUUGACAUUUUUUAGUCAAAUUUUUUCCUCUUGUUUUAAUGAUUUUAAUGUUCACAUUUAUACAUUGAUAUUUGUAUAUAAGUAUAUAUUUUUUAAGAAAUUUUAAUUUUUAGUUGCGGUAUCCUUGUUGCCAGUAGUCAUGGUAGGUAAGGUAAUACUCAAAGACUUCUGAUUGACAUUUAAUCAUACAAGUGUUCUGGUUAAAUUAUUUAAACUUUAAAUGAUGACAAGCUGAUUUUAUCAGAUGGAUUUAUGAAAUCCAUCAUGGAGAGAGUGAUUGUUACACAAAACUUUGCACCCAUUUUGCAUUUCUAAGAGGAAAAAGGUUACACAUUUUUUUUUUCACUUAGGAGAGAGUGAAUGAUCUCUUUACCUGUGGAGAGAAUGGUAUGCCAGUCAUUCCCUGAGAACAUUUGCAAUAUCUUUGGCAUAAUGAAUCUGAAUUGAUUAGCUGUAAUCUACUGUAUCUUAUUUAACAUUGAGGAUGUAUACUAAAAGGUAGAUCCAUGAAGGCAGAUUUCAUCUUGUUUACUAAAAAAUGCCCUAAUAUUUCCAUAUUAAGACAUGUUUCCUGUCAACUAGAAUAGAUUUAGUAAGAAGACAAGUUUUGAAUUUGAAAAAUAACAAAAAAAAUGUGAAGAGAAGUAAAUGUUGUCUCAAUUUCAUGUCAUUGAAUUGUGGAAAUAGUAAAACAGGAUGUAAGAAUGGUCCCGUGUCAUGGUAAGUGUCCCUCUACUUCUUUGUUCUAUGGCAGUGUUUCUUUUUCUUACACUGUCAGAUAGACUUGUAUGUAUAAGUGUUUUUCCUUGCUUUUACCUGAGCCUGGCCUUAUUUCAAAGGGACAAGAUCUUUAAGGGUACAAUGGGGAUAUAGGUUAUUCAUCUUAAUCUUCCCCAGAUUUUACUGAACAGUUGCCAUGCAGAAACUGAGGGAUUGUAGUACUGACUAUAAUAACAGUAGCCACUUUAUUUAUUUUAAGCUUCUUUAAUUUUAUUGUUUUAGUGUUAUUGAUUAUGUGACAUGUCUUUGACUCAUUUAUCCGGUGUGCACAAUCAUAUGCUACUUAUGCUUUUGUAUUGACCACUUCCUAGCUUAUGGAUGGCACACUUCCCUGAUUAGAGAUGGAACCAGAACAAAUACAGAAUUCUGGAGUAUAACUUGAUGCAUUAUUCCAAAAAAAAGCUUCAUGAAUGCAUCCCAUAAAUGGUUGAUUUUACUUUUAUUUACAAAGCAGUACUCUAUUCUCUCCUUUUACUCCAGUUAGCAUUCAUUAUUGUAUAUAACUUGUUUGCUUUUUAUUAUUGUGUACUGUUUGAUGACUUCAGAAAGUAAUGAGACUGUAUUACUUUAUUGCAUACAAAGAUCAGACAGCACUAUUUUGUGAUAUUUAAGUAGUUGAUAGUAUAGGAGUGGUGAGUGUUGUGAUUAUUAUUGAGUGAAGGUUACUCAUCUAUAUUUCAUACAACUUUGUUCUUUUUAUAUUUUGGUAAAUGUUUUGUUGGAUGUGGAGGUUGUUUUCACUCCUGUGUAAAUUUUAUUUCUCAGUAUUUGAUGCAAAGUUACAAUCACAUGAUAAGUUUGUUCUUGCAUACUGCUGUUCCUCUGGUGGAUAGAAACAUCAAACCCUGUGUUGAGUUAUUCAUCAGUAAACUCACUUAGGAAAGUUGAGUUGUCAAAGUAAUGUUUUCUGCUUGGUAUAUAUUUUGUGAGAAUCCUUCUAGUCCAUCUACUUACAAGCUAAUGAAGCACCUUGUGAGUUCAUAUUCUGGCAGGAAGUGUGUGUAAUUCCACAUCAGUUGCCUUUCUUUAGUGUAUACGAAAAUAUACCAACUAUAGUAAUAUGUAGAAAAUUAUGUUCCUCAUGCAGUGACAGUAGAGGAUAUUGUUGAUAGCUCCUAAGUUACUACAUUGGAAAGAAAAGGAAGUCAGUGCUCAGGGGAAAGAUAUUCAAGCUUUCUAAAUAAAAACAUUCUUAUUCAUGAUACAGAUCACAAAGAUCCUGGAAAGUUUCUCACAUCUUGCCUGUUUAUUCAUUUUGUUAUCAUGACUAUAGCAUUUUUAGUAAAUGCACAAAAAGUUUAUUUAUAUUCAUGUUGCUGGUUGUCUUUGUCAUAGUAUAGGAUUAUAAGACAAUGAGAAAAAUAAUGAUAGUUAGUGCCUUUGUAAAAUCUUGAGGUAUCACUGAAGUGACUGCAUUUCAAACUAGCAGUUAAUCUCUGAGACUGAACUGAUGUCUGUCAUGUGGAUAUUCCAUGAGUGUCAGGUCUUACUAUGAGAGAAUGUUCAGCAGGAUAAUUUUGCUAAUCAUAUCGUGUAUGGGAUAGGCAAUUCUUUGAGGAGAAAAAAAUUACACAGUUCAUGAGAGAAAGUAGACGUAUUAAGCAUUGCUCAUCCUGUGAAGAGUGCCUGUGUGGAAGCUUGCUUGGAGCUUGGAAUAAUUUGUCAUCAUCACCAGUCUCUGUAAGGCAGUUGCAAACAAAGACCCUGCAGUCUUCUUUAGUCACUUAUGUUUGCUACUAAUCAGUUCCAGGCUACUUUAGUAGUAGACCAUAUCUUUCCAUCAGAUUCCCUGUCUACCCUGCUUUUACCAUCAUGGUGUUGCUAUUCUGUCAUUCUUAAUCAUUCAGCUGUUAGCUUCUCAGUGUAUCAUGCAUCUUGCCCAUGACCAUUCUAGGUUUGAAGGGAAAACAAUGUUGCCCAGUCUGACACCUUUUAUGUAUUUUGCUAUUGAUCUUAAGUAACUCUACAGUGACAAUCCUAUACUUAAAAAUGUCUUUCUUGUACAUAGUCACAUUUCAUCAACCCACAAAUGCCUAAAUCACAUGUGAAGUUUUUUUUUUUUUUUUUUUUCCGUCUUUGAAAGCUUUGCAUGUUUGUUUACAGUAUUCGGUAUAGUUUUCCUCUAUACUUAAUCAAUAACAAGACUGGGCAGCUGAUGAAUUCAGAAUUCUGAUUUGCUGUUUAGGUUAGCAGGUGUUAAGAAUUACUUGUCCAUUGGUAUGUAUCUCUCAUGCAAUAAGCUGCAUGCAAGGAUAUGUUGAUGUGGCUGUCAUGUCCAGGCACUUGUACCUAUGGCAUAAAAAUGGUUGAAGUACAGAUUUUAUUAUAUAGUCACUUCAUCAUCCAUUCUUGCAAAAUUUUCUUGACACUGAUGAUGUUUCUAGAAUAUCAUUCUUCCAUGGAAAGUACAUAGUACUAUUAUGUUUCAGAAUCAUGUCUUUAGAACAAAAUAUCAAACAAAAGCUUCAGAAUUCAUUACUUCAUCAUGUUUGUAAUCUGAACUGAAUAAAUUAUGGCUUAUAUUCCCUGAGUGUAGGGGUCAGUCUAGGGCGACCGAAAAUUCUUAUUCUCUUGUGAUGGAGCUGCUGUGGAAGGACUGUAAUACUUAAUGUAUUAUGUAUAUAUAACAAUGGAUGUAGCAAGUCAGGGGCAAAACCCAGUGAUCCACCCUCUUUGCAAUUAUUUUCUCAUAAAGAUAGCAUAGCACACUGGAGAAUAGCUGAUCUAACGUAAGAAAGUAGGGACUUCUUUGCUCCAGGAGUCUGUCUAACUUGUUCAGCUCAGAAAUGGUAUACAGUAGUUGGAAUGUGAGCUAUAAUCAGCUUCAGCAGCAGCAACUGGAGUCUGUUGCAAGGCAAAGAGCCCCAGCUCUCUCUACAUAUCUCUGUUAUUUGUUUGUCAGUUCCAGUAAAAGUUGUCAUCUCAAUCUGCCCUCCCUUCUUUUACCAUCCCUAUCAUUCCACUGCUUUGUAUCAGUUUUCUGUUCAUGAAUAACAGCUUCCCACAUCACUUUUCUCUCUUUUGAUGUUCAUCCUAAUGUUAUCAGUUCUGUUCUGCUACUUAGUCUUUUCUCAUAUCUGCCUCUUUAUGUCAGGCAAAAUAUUAUUCUUAACAUAUCAAAUUGCCCUUUGGGCAAUUUAGUAUGUAAAAAAAAAGAUCCUAACUUUCUGGUAAAUGAUUUUCAAUUUGUAGAACACAUUCAGUGUAAAGGAAAUUACUUUUCCCAUUAUUGUUUAUUGUGCUAGAAGUAAUCCAUCAUUUCUUUUGGUUAAUUUCAGGAUCUGGUGUUUAUUAGAUGUAUUUGUGUUGACAGUUUGAGAGAAAUUGUCAUAUUUUUUUUUAUGUUAGCGUUACUCUAGCAAUACAUUUGGGGUUAACUGAGCUGAAUUAUAUGUUUAUAAGAGAGCCACAAUUGUCACCAGGCAGGCCUUGGCAGCACUUAGUCAGCCAUGGAAAGACUAAUUAUUCAAAGAACCUCUUCAAAGCAGUGUUUAAGAAUACAACAAUCUCAUAUCUGUAUCCUACAUUAGUGUCAGCUAUGCAUAAGAGGAUUUACAGACUACAGCAGUUCUUAGUACCAGUCCUUGCCUCAUGGUUGCAGGACCUUCCAAGGCCAGACCAGUUAAAAGUGUAUACCAAACACAUAGUUUGGAUCAUUUGUAGCAAGUCACACCCUGUUGGCUUCAAGAUGAAAUAUGAGCUUUUCACAUAUUUUGAUGUUUUGCAUUAAUCUGGGAAGUGUCCUGUGACAAAAUCACAUUUAUUUAUUUAUUUGUUUAUUUAUAUAUUUAUUUAUUUUUUAUUUUCUGUUUAGGAGAGGAUAAGCCAUAUGCACUCAACUAACUGACAUGUCUUUCCAUCACCUCAUGAUAAUUUUACAUUGUAAAUAGUUAAGGAUAUUUCAAAAUUAGACCAUAAACCAUGCACGGCAUUUCCUAAAUUGAAGUUCCAAGGUGACUAGGAUGCAGUUUACAUAAAUACUACCUUGUUUUAUCUAUCUGUCUGGUCUGGAAAGCAUCCACAAAUGUUUGAUCUUAGCCUCUUGCAACAUUGUAAAAAAAUCAGCUGCCACAUUACCACAGAAGGAGACUGCCUUGAUUGUUUAUACAUGCUCUAGGCUGCUCUUAGCCCCUAUUACUUAUGUGAUCUUAUUUCUUAAUGGUAUACUUGCUGGGAGGACUCAAUAGCUCUUGCCUGCUUGUGUUACCAAACUGGAAAAACUACACCAAGGUAUAAUGGGUGGAGAGCUCAGAUCCGAACCAAAAAGUAUCAGGUUUAAAUCCUUGAAGAAGUGGAUUCACUUUGGGCUUGUCUCAUGUUAGUGAAUCCCUUACUCAUCCAUCAGAGAAUGGAUACUCAUACAAGUUAUUGAGGAGUAAUGACCUUGUAACCAGGCAAGUUAACCAAGACAACCAAAGCUAGCAAGGUACCUACAACAUACCUAUUUGGUUGGUGGAGGUCUUUGUCUUGUAUUGAGAUCAUGUAGGCUGCUGAUAGUUAUGUUGAAUGUAAUAUCCUUGCAGUAUGGCAAUGUUUUUUCAUGUAUUUUCUUGGUUUUGCUAUAAAUGUGAGACCAGUGGAUAUUGGUGCAGAGUCAGUUGCAAUCUUAUUGCCACACUACUUAGUCUGCCCACAGUAUAAGCAACCUAACUUAGAAAAAAAGGUAAAAGAUCUCUUUCUGAAAUCUUAUGAAUACCAUUGUCAUUGUUGUAAUGUUUUGUGUAUACAUAUUUAGCCUUCUCCUUAGAUCUGACAAAGGAAAAUUAAUAAUUGAUAUGAAUCUCAGGUAUGAGUGUCAUAAUUUUGUAAUGUUUAAUGAUGUGUGAUAUUUUUUGUGUUUGUUAGUUUUUUGAUAAUUUCAUCUUUAUAUGCUUUGAUCGGUGAAAGGCAGCAGACUUAGCCACACACACACACACACACACACACACACACACACACACACACACACACACACACACACACACACACACACACACACACACACACACACACACACACACACACACACACACACACACACACACACACACACACACUGUCCACCAUGCAGAGGUUGAGAUCCAUUUGUGUGAGAUAAAAAGUGUUGUUAUGAUCCCAUUUUAUUCUGUUUUGAGGCUGUUAUGGGAUUUUGUUUAGCAGGUCUUCCUUGCACUGAAAAUUUCAUAUCUGGAAGAUGUGCUUAUUACCUGUCAGGUUCCUGAACACUGGUUGAAAUGCUGUGGCAUACUCAAGUGCUGUGUUUACGAUGAAGGCUGAGAGGAUGAAUUUAGAGCAGUAAUUCAUGGUCACACUUCAGGGAUAUGUAAAUUACCAUAAACCUAUUUCACUUACAGUUGUACAUUUUAUCAUUCAUUUAUUUUAAUUACCUCAAGAAAUACAUAUUUUAUUGAGAGGUAAAAAAAAGUGUAGAAGGUUUUAUCCACAAAUGUAAUGUAUCUUAGUUUUGUGUAAGUGUAAAGAUGACUGCCAGUGUUUGUUUGUAUGUAAAGUGAUAAUUGUAUAUAAACUGGCAUUAGUCACUUUAUAUUGAGGUACAUUUACUAAGCAAAUUGUUCUGUAGAUGCACAGGAAAGAAUAAUUCACAUAGUUUAGACAGAUAGGGAGUUUCUGUGAUGGUGUUGAUGCAAAUAAGAUUUCUUCAUAUUCUUUAUAAACAUUCCAUAGGUAAUAUUAGUUUUCAGUUCAUUAAACUGAAUGUCUAAUAUUUUGUCAAUAGUUUAAACUGAAUGAAACAUUUAUUUAUGAAAUAUUAUUUGAUAUUCACAGCUGGCCACUGAAACCAGUUAGAUUAUUUAUUCAUUGUAAUCAUUUAUCUUCUACUCAUUCUCUGUAUAUAAUAAGCCCUUUGCUCACCUAUAUCUUAUUAUCACUAGUUUCCUGUGCUCACCUAGAAUUAGAAAUAUAUGAAGAACAGUGUGUUUUGAAUCUCCCAAGUGAGCAGAUCCUGGGUUUUCUGCCUCUGACUCAAAGUGACUCAAGCAUCAUAUUAGUCAUGAAAUAGACUACACUGGCAUGUAUCAUUAUUAGCAAUUCCAGACAGUGGUCUGAAUGCUCUAAAUAUUCAGUAGGCAUGUGCAGAACUAGUGAAAAGGCAAAUUGCACCAUUUAACCUGUCAUUUCAGUGAAACACAUAACCUGAUUAUAAGCAAAUGGUAUACACAUCACAGUAAUUGAUGGUGCACCAAACAUUCAUGAGGAUUUGUUUCACUGGAGAUGCUUUUUUGCCUUUCCACAGUAUGGUUUUAUGUGAAAUAGUUAAUUAGUCUGGUCAUGUACAAGUAACCAUUUGUUGUUAGCUGCAGUGGCCAGACUGGACAGGUAAAAGUCGAGUCACUCAAUCUCACUCUGCUGAAGCUGUCUAUCGAUCAAAGCACCCUGGCCUGAUACUGAUAGUGUUACAAUUCAUGACUAGUAACAGGUUUUCAGAGGCCCAGUAGUUUGAGAGUACUUUGUGUUACAUUUAAAAAUAUAUAAUUAAAAUAAGAUUGA